AUGUUGAUAAUUUUGCAGAGACAAGCGGAUGUGAACUCGCUGAUGUUGCUAUUGGCGUUGUUAUGCCAUUUGCUUCCGUUGCUAUUCACGUACAGAGCUGCUUCGGCUGAACUCACCGUAGAGCCUUCGCUGUAUUUGUCGAGAGCUUCUAGCAUUGUUAUGCUGGUUGCGUAUUUUGCUUACUUGAUCUUUCAGUUAUGGACGCAUAGGCAAUUAUUUGAAGCGGAAGAUGAAGGGGAAGGGGAAGGUGAGAACAAUGGAGCGGAAGAAGAGGCUGUGAUUGGAUUCUGGAGUGGAUUUGCUUGGUUGGCUGGAAUGACUGUGUUCAUUGCUUUGUUGUCUGAAUAUGUGGUGGAUACAAUUGAGGAUGCAUCAGAUUCAUGGGGUUUAUCUGUGAGCUUUCUCAGCAUAAUCUUGCUUCCGAUAGUUGGCAAUGCGGCUGAACAUGCAGGAGCAAUCAUUUUUGCUUUCAAGAACAAGCUGGACAUUUCCUUAGGUGUUGCAUUGGGCUCUUCCACUCAAAUUGCCAUGUUUGUGGUAAAUAAACAUACUCUCAACUUUUAUAUUUAUAAAGAUUGCGGUUGAAACAGCGUCGGUUAUGCGGUGACCUUAACAUCUUUUACACGGGAGUUAUAUUUAUCGUUG